AUGGAUAAGAAUAAAUUGAGGUUGCGAGUGCUGCUGAUGAUAGCCCUCUUUUGGAUUUCGUCGUGCAGCCUCAUUGGAGAGCCAUUAACCAUGCACGACACAGCUCUAAACCUCUCCCAGCCCGCCAGCGGAGUGUCUUGGGUGCAGACUACCACUGGCGUACUGUACAAGCUCCGCAGUAGAACUCCACACCUAACCCUUCUUCCAGAGUACUCCCAGAUCAUAAGCUCCAACAUCAUCAGCAGCAGCAGCCUGGGCAUGCUUCUGAUGGGUCUGCAGAGUUCCCAUUCCCCUGCCACUCUGUUCUCCCUCUGCUCUCCAUCCUCUCCCAUUCUGCAAAUCAUCUCCUCCUCCAAGAGCCUGAGUGUGGAGUACUGGUCCUCUGGAGCUAUUCAGAAGCCCUUUGUCGCAGUGUUCCCCAGGAGAAACCCUUUCGUUGCAUCAGAUCUGAUUCGGCUGGCCGUGAGCGUAGAGCCGGAGAGAGUGACUUUCUUUGUAGAAUGUGAUGAAGCAGUGGUUGUUCCAAUUGAAACGGAGGAAAGAAUUAAUCUGACUUUACCUGGAGAUUUGCUUGUCACUGUGGGCAGUACGCCUGGAAGGAAACACAGCAAAUUGACUGGCCAUCUACUUGCUGCAGAACUCUCUUUGAAGGCUUUUCUAAAGAGACCCUGGGACUGUGGAAGUACAGACCAUACUGUCCUGAAGUCGGGCAAUGGAACUGGUGCUUCUACCAAACCACAGAAAAGACCAAAAUCCAGUCUUGUCCAGGAGGAACAAAGAGACCAGCAGCCCCCCAGCAGAGGGGUGGUGCUGGGGCCCCCAUCUCCUCCACAUAUGACAAAGAGUGCCCAGGCCCAGGGAGAAGAUGGCCUGAAGAGUCUGGAGCUGAAGCUGAGUCAACUCGCUCAAAUGGUGGACAUGAUGAAAGCUCAGAAUGCAGAGCUGCAGACACGGGUGCAGUACCUGGAGGGCUGUGAGUGUGUGCGGAGGAGGCCCAGGUGUGUGUGGGAGGCCAGGGAGGUGGAGGAUGGACGGAGCUGGUAUACAGACAUCAACACCCUGUGCACAUGUUCGGACGGAGAGGUCAGCUGCCAGGCCAGCACCAGAGCUAAAAAGCCCAUUUCUUUAGACUUAAAAAUGUACUGA